GUCAAAAUUCAGUUUAGUCGUGAGUUGGUUAGACUAAACAACUAUCCUUUAAUUGAGUUUCUUUUUUCAAAAUUUUGUGUGAGUUUUGGCCACAAAAGUUAAAAAUUAAUAUGAUUAAAAGAUCCGCGUUAAUUUGUCGGUGCUUACAGUCUUCUUGUAUACGAUCCCACCACCUAAGGUUCCUUUCAAAUCCUGAAAAUGAAGAUACCUGCAAACCCUAUGGCCUUCCUGUUCAGGGGCCGAAAAGAUUUGGCGACGGGUCAAUAGGAGUGAUCCGUAUCCAUGAGCAUGAAUGUUCCGCAGUCGCUAACCCCAUGCAACGGCAGUUCCUCGAAGAUCUGAGGCAACAGCAGGUUCGGCGGCUAAGGGAGGAAAAGCCUGAAGAUCUGGAAAAGAUGAAAAGGGAAUGCCAGCGGCUGGCUAAAGAAAUCAGCAUGUCCAGCGAUGAUGAAAUCAAGGAGCUAUGCAAGGAAUUGGCUCAGAAGGAGAAGGGUGAGAAGGAAAAACUAAAGAGAAAGUGCAGGGAGUUGGCAGCAAAGGAAAAAUGUAAGAAAGAUAAAGAGAAAAAGAGGUGUAAGGAACUGAUGGAAAAAGAGAAGAAGAAAAAGAAAAAUGAUAGCUGCGAGGAAGAAGAAGAUUCUUGUGAAACAGAGGAUUCUUGCGACGAUGAAGAACCUUGUGAGGAAGAAGAUCCGUGUGCGAAAAAAGAUACUUGUUGCCCUAAACCUAAGCCUAAAAAAGAUCCUUGUCCCAAAAAGGACCCUUGCGCUAAGAAGGUAAAAAAGAAAAAAGAUCCCUGCAAGAAAAAAGAUCCUUGCAAAAAACCAGAUCCGUGCAAGGUAAAGAAAAUCGAUUGGUGCGAAGUGUGCGAGAAAAUUGCUCAAAUGGAAAUAUGUGAAAAACUAGCCAAGAAGGAAAAGCUAAAGAAAAUGAAGCAGCAGUGCAAAGAACUGGCCCAAAAGGAAAAAUGCAGAAAAAUGGCCGAGAAAGAGAAAUGCAGGAAAAAGGCUAAAAAGGCUCGAAAGAACAAGAACAAGAAAAAGUAAACCACUGAUCGAAGCUAACGCGGUUUCUUAAAAACUAAUCAUUGUUUUAUUAAUAUGAUUAACCUUAUUUAAAAUAAAAAGAAAGAAAAAUAUAAAAACCAGA